AUGGGCUACAAAGCAACUUCAUUACUUUGCAUGCCAAUCAGAAACGCCGGAGACGAGAUAGUAGGAGUCGCUCAAAUCAUCAAUAAACGUGGAGAAGGCGAAAACAACUUAUUCACAAAGGACGAUGAAAGGCCUUAUCUAUCUAUCUAUCUAUCUAUCUAUCUAUCUAUCUAUCUAUCUAUAACAGUCGUUCAUCUCUGUCUCUGUCUCUCUCUAUCUAUCUCAAUCUGUUCAUAUCUAUUUAUCUAUCUCAGCCUGUUCAUAUCUAUCUAUCUAUCUAUCUAUCUAUCUAUCUCAUUCUGUUCACAUCAGGUCAUAUCUAUCUAUCUAUCUAUCUAUCUAUCUAUCUAUCUAUCUAUCUCCGCUAUUCACAUCUAUCUAUUAGUGUACGUGUGGGAGGGGGUGUCUUUUUUUACCUUUCUUCUUCUUUUGGUUGCUAUCGUUUUUUACUCCUUUCUUUCUCUUUCGCGUCAUUUUUCCUCAUUUUUUUUCUUUCCUUUUCUUCCUUUUCACAUUAGACAUUUUCGUUCUCCUUUGUUCUUUUUUCAUUACUCCUUUUUUCUUUCAUUUUCUUUAUUCCUUUGCUUCUUUUGUUUUCUUGUUCUUUACCACCUUUCUUUCUUUUUCUUUAUUCCUUUUCUUUCUUUUUCUUUAUUCCUUUUCUUUCUUUUUCUUUAUUUCUUUUCUUUCUUUUUCUUUAUUCCUUUUCUUUCUUUUUCUUUAUUCCUUUUCUUUUCCUCCUGCUUUCUUUUUCUUUACUCACUUUCUUUUUUUCGUUAUUUCUUUUCUUCAUUUAUUUUCUUUCGUUUUCUUUACACCUUUUCUUUCUCCGUUUUCGAUUUAUUUUCCUCGUUUCUUUUCUUUCUUUCUCUCUUUCUUCCUUUCUUUGUCGUCUUAAAUUUUGACUACAUUUUUUCUUUUUCUUUUCUUUUCUUUUCUUUCUUUCUUUCUUUGUCGUCCUAA